AUGGCUUGUUACUCUGAAGUUCGAUUACCGAUUGAAUACGGACGAAUUACACGCGAAGACUUUCCGUCAGAGUUAUAUGGAUAUCAGCAGAAUGACAAGGAAGAUACGACGACUAGGGUGAACGUGAUUUGGUUGGUGGCGCUGAUGCCGCUUGUAGCGAUUAUUAGUUUGUCAUGGAUGUGGGUGUUGAGUAAGCGAUUAAAGACUAAAUUAUUGAAAGAUACCAAAGAGUUGGUCUCUACCUUUAAUGAACAGGACACGCCACGAACAGGCGUUUCUUGGCGUUUCAAAAGUCACAGGACAGAUAAUGAUGAUUUUGCGGAGGAAUUUCUUAUAAUAACAUUACCAAAUGUGCGGCUUUCCUCCAAAACAGCGUCAGCUCCUGCAACUUUACGCCACCAAGGCUCCGACACUACAAUCAUCGCAUUCCCUGUAUACGAUAGCUCUGCGUUGUCACCAAUCGCUGCAGCAAAAAUCUCACCACUUGAACAAAGACACAAUAUCGAUUCGCACACCCUGAUCACAAUCUCACCACCAAGCUAUAAUGAUGUUCUUUUACAGAAUGAUGCGUCAUCAAUGAUAAGUGUUUCUCCAUCAACUUCACCCCGACGUGGCUCUUUUUCGCCAUCAACUUCGCCUCGGCGUAGUUCUUUUUCGCGGCCUAGUAGUCGUAUUGCUGGUUCGGCGAAUCGUGGACACCGGGUUGAUUAUGAUACUUUACAAAUCACUAAUGAUAAUGAUACUUUACAAGUCACAAAUGAUACUUUACAAGUCACUAAUGACACUUUACAAAUCACUAAUAAUACUACUUUACAGGUCACUAAUCAUACUUUACAAAUCACUAAUAAUUUAGUAUGA